AUGAGCAAUCACUUUAAUGUCAUGAGCUGUGAAUCGUGUAAAUCGUUUUUUAGAAGACAUGCCUUGAAAAAUGAAUUUCAAUGCUAUUUGGGAGGCAAUUGUCCCACAAGUUAUCAAAACAGAAAGUCUUGCAAAAAAUGUCGAUUAAUAAAGUGCUUUGCAAUGGGAAUGAAAAGUGUACAAAAAUUUAAAUUGAUUUAUUCGGAAGAAAGGAAGCGAAUGAGAAAUGCCUUAAUUGAAGAAAAUAGAAAUAAAAGAAAGAAAGCAAUGUUUGCGGGCAAACAAGUGAUUGUCUUUGACGACAACUCAUCGCAAGACUUACACACUUUAAAUGUUUCAGAAAAUAUCAGUUUAGAUAACGAAAUCAUUAGUAAAGAGUUUAUCGAAGGAAACAAUAGUAAUACAAGUGAAACAGCAGAGAAUAGAUCUGAACUUAUGGUGAUUCCUAUACUGAAGCCUAUUUCUAAUUGCAGUAUUAGUUUCAAUGAAUUAGAAGUCAAUAAAUUUAAUGAAUUACUUAAUGCACUCAAGUAUUUACAAAAACCGACGGUAAGUAUGGGUCAGACACUUGUGGACAGUAUAUUCAAAGCCAUGCCUAUUAUGCAUUCAAAAGUCGACACAGAAAUCAGAGAUAUUGUCAAAAUGUGCAAAUGUUUAAACGGAUUUAACACUAUCUGCUUAAGCGAUCAAUUAGUCUUAAUUAAAUAUUCUUCAAUUGAAAUCAAUUUUUUGCGAUUGAUUUCCAGUUUUAACUUUGAAGAUGAAUAUUGGACUAUAAUUCAGAAUAACUAUUCAAACCUAAUUCGGCUAAAACUAAUCAAAGAUAUUCCCGCCGCCGAAGCCCUCAACACAUAUUUGUUGCAUAAAAAUUUCUUACAAAAUAUGGGACUCGAUUGGGAUUCAGAUCACUUGAUCAUUGAUUUGGUCUGA